AUGGAGAACAUGACAGAAGUGACACAGUUCAUUCUCCUAGGAAUGACCAAUGUCGUCAAACUACAAGUUCCCCUCCUCGUAAUAUUCAUUCUCAUUUACUUCAUCAACGUGGCUGGAAACCUGGGGAUGAUCCUGUUGGUUCUCUUGGACGCUCAUCUCCACUCUCCUAUGUACUUUUUCCUCAGUAACUUGUCGCUGGUGGACUUCUGUUACUCUUCAGCUGUCACUCCCACGGUGAUGGCUGGACUUCUUAAAGGACACAAGAUCAUCUCCUACAAUGCAUGUGCUGCUCAGAUGUUCUUUUUUGCAGCCUUUGCCACUAUGGAAAAUUUCCUCUUGGCAUCAAUGGCCUAUGACCGCUAUGCAGCUGUGUGUAAACCCCUACAUUACACCACCACUAUGACAACCAGUCUGUGUAUUUGUCUGGCCACAGGCUCCUACGUCUGCGGUUUCCUGAAUGCCUCCAUCCACACUGGAGUCACAUUCAGUCUCUCUUUCUGUAGGUCCAAUGUGACCCAUCACUUUUUUUGUGAUGUUCCAGCUGUCAUGGUUCUCUCUUGCUCUGAUAGGUAUAUUAGUGAGAUGAUUCUCGUUUAUGUAGCCAGCUUCAAUGUCUUUUUAGCUCUCCUGAUUAUCUUAAUAUCUUACACAUUCAUAUUUAUCACCAUCCUAAAGAUGCACUCCUCUGCAAGAUACCAGAAGGCUUUAUCUACCUGUGCCUCCCACCUCACUGCAGUCUCCAUCUUCUAUGGUACAAUUAUCACCAUGUACUUACAACCCAGCUCUAGUCAUUCCAUGGACACAGACAAAAUUGCAUCUGUGUUUUACACUAUGGUCAUCCCCAUGCUGAACCCUUUGGUAUAUAGUCUAAGGAACAAGGAAGUCAAGAGUGCUUUCAAGAAGGUGGUUAAGGAGGCAAAAUUGUCUCUAGGACUGUGA